AUGCCUUCCGCUCUGCUCAUCGGCGACAUCACCCACGCCAGGAAAGAAUGGGAGGAUCUCUCGUCCAUCCUGACCCUCAAGGAAUUCCCCUCAGGAAACAGAGAAGACUUCAUCCGCAACCUCAAGAACGGGGAAUACGAUGAUCUGGUGGCUCUCUACCGAUCCAAUGCUUCUACAAAGUUCACCGGCCCCUUUGACGCAGAAUUGGUUUCUCUCCUGCCCAAAUCACUGAAAUAUAUCUGCCAUAACGGAGCCGGGUACGACAAUAUCGAUAUUCCCGCCUGCUCGGAGAAGGGCAUUUCCGUCUCCAGCACGCCAGUUGCCGUCAACAACGCCACGGCUGAUGUCGGCAUCUUCCUUAUGAUUGGUGCCUUGCGACAGGCCUACGUGCCCCUGACUGCAAUCCGAGAGGGCAACUGGCACGGUCAGACUACGCUAGGUCAUGACCCCAAAGGCAAGGUGCUUGGUAUCCUCGGCAUGGGAGGAAUCGGUCGCGAAAUGGCCAAGCGAGCACAAGCGUUCGGGAUGACAAUCCAAUACCACAAUCGGUCGCAACUGAGCCCUGAGCUUGAGAACGGUGCUAAAUACGUCUCGUUUGACGAUUUGCUGGCCACGUCCGACGUGCUGAGUCUGAACCUGGCGCUCAAUCCGUCCACCCGCCAUAUCAUCGGCGAAAAGGAGUUCCAGAAGAUGAAGGAUGGUGUCGUGAUUGUAAACACCGCUCGUGGUGCGCUGAUCGACGAGAAGGCGCUGGUAGCUGCACUGGAGUCCAAGAAGGUUAUGUCGGCCGGUCUGGACGUAUACGAGAACGAGCCGAUUGUAGAGCUGGGCUUGCUCAACAACCCUCGAGUCAUGCUUCUGCCGCAUAUCGGUACGAUGACCUAUGAAACACAGAAGGAGAUGGAGAUUCUGGUGUUGGACAACUUGCGGUCGGCAGUGGAGAAGGGCGAGUUGAUCACGCAGGUCCGUUACGCUGCUCAGGACAUUCCGGCCGCUAAGAGCGCCCGCGCUCGGGGCUCUUACCUCCGUGUCAGCUUCAAGAACACCCGCGAGACCGCCCAGGCCAUCAACGGCAUGAAGCUGCAGCGCGCCCUUACCUUCCUCGAGAACGUCAAGACCAAGACCGAGGUCGUUCCUUUCCGCCGAUUCGCCAGCUCCACUGGUCGCUGCGCUCAGGCUAAGCAGUGGGGUGUUGCCCGUGCCCGCUGGCCCGUCAAGUCGGCCGAGUUCCUCCUCGACCUUCUGAAGAACGCUGAGGCCAACGCCGACACCAAGGGUCUCGACACCGGCAACCUUGUUGUCAAGCACAUCCAGGUCAACCAGGCUCCCAAGGGCCGCAGACGUACCUACCGUGCUCACGGUCGUAUCAACCCUUACAUGACCAACCCCUGCCACAUCGAGCUCAUCCUUACCGAGGGUGAGGAGGAGGUCAAGAAGGCCAACGUUGUCGAGCGCACCCGUCUCAGCUCCCGGCAGCGUGGUGCUCAGAUCCGCAAGGCCAUCACCUCGGCGUAA